ACAGACAUAUCAGCCGCCUCCGGAGCCCACUCUCGCUCAAAGGGCUGCUGUGCAGGGAGUGUCAGCCACGUUUGGCGCACUGUCCCAGGCCCGGGGCGAAGGUGGUCAGGAGAAAUGGGGCUUAGGGAUUGCUAGGCAAACGGCACCACUGGUGGUCUACAAGCGUCUGCGGAGCGGGCUCUGUUUCCCCUCCCAAGGCGGCGGCGGCGGAGCGGCGGAGCCCCCCAAAUGGCCUGGCCAGAUGCGGCAGGUUUGCUGCUCAGCGCUGCCGCCGCCGCCACUGGAGAAGGCUCGGUGCAGCAGCUACAGCGACAGCAGCAGCAGCGGCAGCAGCGAGAGGAGCAGCAGCAGCAGCAGCAGCGAGAGGAGCAGCAGCAGCAGCAGCAGCGGCGGCGGCGGCAGCAGCAGCAGGAGCAGCAGCAACAGCAGCAUCUCCCGUCCCGCUGCGCCCCCAGAGCCGCGGCCGCCGCAGCAGCCGCAGCCCCGCAGCCCCGCAGCCCGGAGAGCCGCCGCCCGCUCUCGAGCCGCAGCCGCCGGCGGCAUGAGGCACGACCCGGCCCCCGGCUUCUCCAUGCUGCUCUUCGGUGUGUCGCUCGCUUGCUACUCGCCUAGCCUCAAGUCGGUGCAGGACCAGGCAUACAAGGCGCCCGUGGUGGUGGAGGGCAAGGUACAGGGGCUGGCCCCGGCCGGCGGCUCCGGCUCCAACAGCACCCGCGAGCCGCCCGCCUCGGGUCGGGUGGCGCUGGUGAAGGUGCUGGACAAGUGGCCGCUCCGGAGCGGGGGGCUGCAGCGCGAGCAGGUGAUCAGCGUGGGCUCCUGUGCGCCGCUCGAAAGGAACCAGCGCUACAUCUUUUUCCUGGAGCCCACGGAGCAGCCCUUAGUCUUUAAGACGGCCUUUGCCCCCAUCGACACGAACGGCAAAAACCUCAAGAAAGAGGUGGGCAAGAUCCUGUGCACUGACUGCGCCACCCGGCCCAAGCUGAAGAAGAUGAAGAGCCAGACCGGACAGGUGGGUGAGAAGCAGUCACUGAAGUGCGAGGCAGCAGCGGGCAAUCCUCAGCCCUCCUACCGCUGGUUCAAGGAUGGCAAGGAGCUCAACCGCAGCCGGGACAUCCGCAUCAAGUAUGGCAACGGCAGAAAGAACUCUCGACUCCAGUUCAACAAGGUGAAGGUGGAGGAUGCUGGGGAGUAUGUCUGUGAGGCCGAGAACAUCCUGGGGAAGGACACGGUCCGGGGCCGGCUCCACGUCAACAGCGUGAGUACCACUCUGUCAUCCUGGUCGGGGCACGCCCGAAAGUGCAACGAGACAGCCAAGUCCUAUUGUGUCAACGGAGGUGUCUGCUACUACAUUGAGGGCAUCAACCAGCUCUCCUGCAAGUGUCCUGUGGGAUACACCGGGGACAGGUGUCAGCAGUUCGCAAUGGUCAACUUCUCCAAGCACCUUGGAUUUGAACUAAAGGAAGCCGAGGAGCUGUACCAGAAGAGGGUCCUGACUAUUACUGGCAUUUGUGUGGCACUGCUGGUGGUGGGCAUUGUCUGCGUGGUCGCCUACUGCAAGACCAAAAAACAGCGAAAGCAGAUGCAUAGUCACCUCCGGCAGAACAUGUGCCCAGCCCACCAGAACCGGAGCUUGGCCAAUGGCCCCAGCCACCCCCGGCUGGACCCUGAGGAGAUCCAGAUGGCAGAUUAUAUCUCCAAGAACGUGCCAGCCACAGACCAUGUCAUCCGGAGGGAAACGGAGACCACCUUCUCUGGGAGCCACUCCUGUUCUCCUUCUCACCACUGUUCCACAGCCACACCCACCUCCAGCCACAGGCAUGAGAGCCACACGUGGAGCCUGGAACGUUCUGAAAGCCUGACCUCCGACUCCCAGUCGGGCAUUAUGCUGUCAUCAGUAGGCACCAGCAAGUGCAAUAGCCCGGCGUGUGUGGAGGCCCGGGCGCGGCGGGCAGCAGCCUACAGCCUGGAAGAGCGGCGCAGGGCUGCUGGGCCACCUUACCACGACUCCAUAGACUCCCUGCGUGACUCCCCACAUAGCGAGAGGUACGUGUCCGCACUGACCACGCCCGCGCGCCUCUCUCCCGUGGACUUCCACUACUCGCUGGCCACGCAGGUGCCGACUUUUGAGAUCACGUCUCCCAACUCGGCGCACGCCGUGUCUCUGCCGCCCGCCGCGCCCAUCAGCUACCGCCUGGCGGAGCAGCAGCCGCUACUACGACAGCCGGCGCCCCCGGGCCCAGGGCCCGGGCCCGGCGCGGACAUGCAGCGCAGCUACGACAGCUACUACUACCCCGCAGCGGGGCCCGGGCCAGGGCCGGGGCCGCGGCGUGGGGCCUGCGCACUGGGCGGCAGCCUAGGCAGCCUGCCCGCCAGCCCCUUCCGCAUCCCGGAGGACGACGAGUACGAGACCACGCAGGAGUGCGCGCCCCCGCCCCCGCCGCCGCCCCCGCCGCGCCCGCGCGCCCGCGGCGCGUCCCGCAGGACGUCGGCGGGGCCCCGGCGCUGGCGCCGCUCGCGCCUCAACGGGCUGGCGGCGCAGCGCGCACGCGCGGCGCGGGACUCGCUGUCGCCGAGCAGCGGCUCGGGUGGCGGCUCAGCCUCCGCCUCGGACGACGACGCGGACGGGGCGCUGGCGGCCGAGAGCACGCCCUUUCUCGGCCUGCGCGCGGCGCACGACGCGCUGCGCUCGGACUCGCCGCCGCUCUGCCCGGCGGCCGACAGCAGGACUUACUACUCCCUGGACAGCCGCAGCACGCGGGCCAGCAGCAGACACAGCCGCGGGCCGCCCCCGCGGAGCAAGCAGGACUCGGCGCCCCUCUAGGGGCCCCCGCCGCCCCCUCCGCCUCGCCUGCCCCACUGUCUUUAGGGAGAGCAGAGACCACCGCCUGGAGAGAGAAAGGAGGGAAAAAAAGAAAUAAAAAUAUUUUUAUUUUCUAUAAAAGAUAAAAAGUAUAACAAAAUGUUUUAUUUUCAUUUUAGCAAAAAUUGUCUUAUAAUACUAGCUAACGGAAAGACGUUUUUAUAGGGAAACUAUUUAUAUGUAACAUCCUGAUUUACAGCUUCAGGAAAAAAAAAAGAAACAACAAAAAAAGACAGAUGGGCCAAUUUUUUGACUCUUUAAUAGAUACCUAUAUUGUGGUGCCUUUUGCUGUACGCUAAUCUGGAGCUCCUGGAGAGAAGUCGGG